AUGAAAGCAAUGAAAGAAUGGGUGGAAAUGAACGACGAACAAAGAGGCAAGGAAGGAUUGCAAGAAAUGAGGAAAAGGAAGGAAAACAGUCGACCAAUGGAACUACUAAUGUACGUUUCCAAUAUAGACCACAUGGUUUCUCCUGCCAAUCCACUAAAUUUCAAACCAGAAUUUGACCAGCACACAUCCUGA